AUGAUAGCAUGUGGUAGCAAAAACGGAUUUGUUCAUUUAAUGGAAGUUUCUGAGAAUAUGACUUUCAGUGCAAAGAAUGAUAAAGCGAUAUUAAAUGCUGUAAGUAAAGUGCAAGACAGCAGAGAAGACGAAUCGGCCUUGCCAUUUAUGUUGGAUCGCGAGAAUAAACGAGAAAAGAUACUUGAGGCCCUUAUUGAAUCCGCUGAAAGUGAAUUCUAUCAACUGAUCGAGGAAGAAAAUCAAAGAAGAGUUAAAGAACAAGAAGCUCAUGAUCAACAUGAAAAGCAUCGCAAGUCACCAAAAGUUGAUAAGAAAAAACAAGAAAAUGAAGAAGAUGACUGCGAGGAAUCCUUAACAGAAAAUGUCGUGAACAAAGAAGCCGCUAGAAGUCAAAAGGAGACAAAACUCAAUGGGGCUCAUCAUGAAAAUACAGAAUCAUUAAACAAACAUCAAACUUGCAUUUAUUCUGGAUUUAUCUCCAUUCUUAACUCGAUCGAAUUCUAA